AUGCGGCUUUGGAAGGCUGGCGUGGAGCGUACUUUCGAUCGUGGUCACAACUUCACUGGAAGAUGGUUCCCUGUCCCUGUCCCUUUCCAACGGGUCAUUCACCAUCCCACUCUCGGCUCCGAAUAUUCCGAGAUUCACAUCUUAAAGAAAAAGGUUCAAAUCCAAGCUUCAGAACGUUGCCCUGAUUGGACAGAAGAAUGA